AUGGUAGUCUUAAGAGCUGAUCAUCCCAAAGUUCUUAUUGGGGAUAAUUGUGCAAUACAUAUGAUGCUUCCUAAUGAUAAAAAACUUUGUACUGCUACUUUACCUUCUGAUGUACUUAGCAACCUUCCUGAGAAUGUAAUUGAUGACAUUCUUAUUCGUAUGCCCUUACGAGAUGUUGUGAGGACAAGUAUCUUAUCGAAGAAAUGGAGAUAUAAUUGGUGCAGAAUUCCUGAGUUAACGCUUGAUCAAACACUUUGGGAUACAACAAAUAAGUCAAUACCCUUUGUAACUAGGUUUACAGACAUAAUCUACCACCUUUUGGUACUUCAUGUCGGACCAAUUACAAAAUUUAUCCUCUCUGAUAUUGCUUUUCUUGGAAAUCACUCUAAAAUUGACAACCUGCCUUUCUCUACCUUCAAAGGAUUUAGUGAGUUAGUUAGCCUUGAAUUGUGUGAAGUCACAAUUUCCUCCGAAAUGCUUGGAAAUUUAAUCUCUCAUAUCCCGUUGCUCGAGAAGUUGGUGCUGCGAAUCUCAAGUAUUUUAAACUACAUUCAAAUUGAUGGUCCUAAGUUGAAAUCCUUUGACUUCACAGGCAAUAUAAAUAUACUUUCCUUAGGGAAAGCACCUUUUCUUGUGAAACUUUCACUUGUGAAUACAGCAGCUACUCUGAAGGCAGGAAAACAUAUUUCCAAGUAUUUUGAGUUUUGUCCUUCUCUCGAGCAUCUCCACUUGGAUUAUAGUAGUCUCCAGUUCUUGGCUGCAGGAUCAGGUGAUAUAGCAGCAAAGCUUUCCUCUCCUCCUAAUUGUCUUAAAUGUCUUUGCCUAUCCGACAUUUGUCUGGAUGAAUCAGUUGAGCUUUCAUUUGCUCUUUGCUUGAUAAGAAGCUCCCCGUAUUUGCAAGAUAUUCAAAUGAAGAUUGAUUAUUCGGCAUUGAACAAAUUGCUUUUACCUGUGCCCGAUGAUGUUGUUAAUGAAAUUCCUUCAAGUUUCUCUGAUGUGACAUUGGAUCACCUCAGGUCUGUUAAACUUGAAGGUAUUACAGGCACAAAGACUGAAAUUGAAUUUAUCAAGCUUCUAUUAUCUAAGUCUCCAGUGCUAGUCAGAAUGUUAAUCCAGCAGAAGAUUGCAAAUGUAUCUGCUGAAACAAGACUAAAGGUAGUUACAGAGAUAACAAAAUUUCCGAGGGCAUCACCUAAAGCAGAAGUUGACUAUAACAGCGGUGUUUGA